AUGCGAUGUCCAUGGAUACCAUUCAUAUCAAUAGUCUCAUUUUCAGUCUCUCAGGUUUUUUCAUCAGGGGUCAAUAUUAUUGAUGCGGCUAUUUCGAAUGAUGAUGAAACGAAUACCUUCCACUCUUCCAACAAUGAAAGCUUCCAUCAUGCUUUAGAACUAUGGGAAUCAAUACCUUCAUACUCUCAAAGUACUAUAGAUGCGCACAUUUUGCAGACAUAUGAGAGCGUGGACAAAAUAAAUAUCGAUGUUCCACAAGAUCAGGUAGAGUUUAGCUAUCAUCUAAAUGAAAUCCGAAAGGAAAAGCUUGCCAAAAAUAAUACAAAAUUAGAAAUCCUCAAUACGUUGUCAAUACUAGCAGAUGAUAAAAAACAUCUCAGAGCAGCAUUGAUGCUAGGAGAGAUUUACAUGUUUGGUAACAAAUCAUUUCCUAAGGAUGGUGUGAAGGCACUUCAUUAUUUCAAACUUGCCACGACCUUGGGCGAUGAUGAAAAUUCCACAUCAACUCAAGGCCAGCUAUCACAAGCACAUUUCAUGACAGGAAUAAUAUACUCGAAUGGAUUGUUUGGAAUAGUACCCAUUGAUCAAUCAGCAGCGCUUUUACAUUUCAAACUGGCUGCAAGUUUGCAAGAUCCGCGGGCAUUGAUGGUCUUAGGAUAUCGUCACUUGAUGGGGAUUGGAGUAUCAAAAAGCUGCUCAUUGGCAAUGUUCUAUUAUUCUGGGGCCGCAAAGAUUUUAACUGAUGAAUACGUAUUACCGGAGUUAGCCACUGAUGGUCCAUACUUGGAAAGCUUUUCAGUGAGAAUCAAAGAUUUUAACAAUGCCGAUUUUCUAAACGGUGCCAAUAAAAAAAAUCUCAGGUAUUGGGACUCAAACCGUAAUGCUUUGGGAAACCGUGGACAAGGGAACAACUUGAAUAAUUUCCAUGGUGUUUUUGAAUUGCCCAACUCUGUGGUUCGUCGAGUGGGAGACUUAUCAGAAGAAAAUGCAUUUAAUGAACUAAUACUUGACUAUUCUGAUUACAAGUACGUCAACAAUUAUCAAGAAGUUUUGGUUAAUUAUGAAGGUGACUAUAUUAAUAAACGAAAUUACACCAAAGCGUACCAAUACGCUCUUGAGUGUGCUAAUGAUGGUCUAUCUGAAUAUGGUGAAUUUUUUGAUUCUAAAUCCGGAGAGGAGGAGCGCAAGCGCUUAAAAACCGCAAUACCCAACAGUCUUGCUAUCCAUAUCACUAACAAAUGUAUUGGUAUCGUGGGCCACAUGCUAUUUCGCGGAGAAGGAGUUCAAAGAAACCCGCAUAAAGCUUAUCAAUGGCUUUCCCGUACUGGUACAGUGGGAGUGAGUGCCGACACUUUGGUAGAUUUUGGUUUAAUGUACGAGUUUGGAAUGUUGGAUGGUAAAAAGAACCCUGCUAGAGGAGUGAAAUAUUAUAAAGCGGCUGCAAAAAAGGGCCAUUCGGGGGCUCUGUAUCAUUUAGGAAGAGUUUAUCUUUCGAAGAUAGAGCCACGGUUGGCUACAAAAGUGGAGUAUCCUAAUGACAUCAAUGAUGAGGCAAUUUCUACCAGUUACCAAGAAUCUUCUUCAUCACUGGUACUUGAAAAACCAUUGGAUGUCUAUCAAUCUGUCCAAGGCGAUGAUCUUUCCCCAGUAUCGGUAAUCACAUACUUACAACAAGCAGCGUAUCUGGGGUCAAAUAAUGCGCUUUAUGACUUGGCCCGACUUUAUGAAGCGGAUUUUGCUAGUGGAUUAUCAUGUACCGAGAUUGUGAAGAUUUACAAGCUGUUUGUGGAAAAAUUGGAAAAUAAGGUUGGCAAUUUGGAUUGGGCUUUACAACGCGUACUAAUAGAGGAUUAUGAAAAUGCCAUUUUAAGCUAUUCCAUUGCUGCUGAAAUGGGUAUUGAGACUGCUCAAUCAUCGGUGGCAUCUUUACUCUGGCAGCCAAAACGUUCCAUUGAUAGGGUUCUCGAAUUAGCUUUAGAAGAAUCAGUGAAUGAUAAAUCAUUAGAAUCAGAAAGCAGUAUGGCCUCCAAUUCUUCCUUAUUAAAAAAUCUUGCCGAAUCACGCCUUCAUAUGGCAGCUAACUAUCUUACCAAAUCGUCUCAGCAGCAGAAUAUUGAUUCUUCUGUACUUUUGGGUGACAUGUACUACUAUAACCUUUUGAACUCUUCCAACUUAUCCACCGAGGAUAAUGGUCCAGGAAAGGCCGCAGCAUUCUAUCAAUUAUCUUCCCUCCAACAAUCAUCCCAGGCAUCAUGGAAUUUGGGUUAUAUGUACGAGAAUGGUAUUGGAGUAGAGAAGGACUUCCAUCUAGCCAAAAGAUACUAUGAUUUGGCACUUGUGAACCAUCCAGAAGCAUCUUUGCCGGUGCAACUUUCAUUGAUCAAGUUGGGGUUUAAGAAGUGGUUGUAUGGAUUAUGUGGAUGGGAGGUUUCCAACCAAAAUGAUGAAGUGGAAAUUAAAAAAACUUGGGGAGACUGGUGGGAAACUUUAGUUAGUCAAAGACGCGGCUGGAAUGAAAUUUUGGAAGGAAGUGAUGAUGCUACAAGAAGCGAUAGUGACAAUAAUCUUGGAACGCUAAUGGACGAAGGUAAUGAUCAGAUAGAAGGUGAGUUAACCGCUUCUGAAUUAUUUAUUCUUGCAUCAUUUGGAUGCUUCCUUGUGUUGGUAUAUGGCAUCCCAUUUUAUUUCCGUUGGAGAAGAAGAAGAGAGAAUGAACAAAGAAGGGCCAGGGGUGAAGUUGUAGAAGAUGAACCACAACGUCCACUAUUUCAGGGAUUUUUCGUGGUGGCCCCAAUUUGA